AUGCAGAAACGGAGCAGGCGGAAGCAGAGCAAGAAGCGGCAGCAGCUGGCGGAGGCGGCAGAGGCGAAGGCCGCUCAGGAGAAGGUGGCACAAGACAAGGCGGCGGCAUUGGAGAGGGCGGCACAGGAGAGGGCGGCACAGGAGAAGGCGGCACAGGAGAAGGCGGCACAGGAGACGGUGGCACAGGAGACGGCGGCACAAGAGAACGCGGCACGGGAGAAUGCGGCACGGGAGAAUGUGGCACGUGAAAAUGCGGCACAAGAGAAUGCCGCACGGGAGAAUGCGGCACGUGAAAAUGCUGCACGGGAGAAUGCGGCACGGGAGAAUGCGGCACAGGAGAAUGCGGCACGGGAGGAUGCGGCAAGGGAGAAUGCGGCAAGAGAGAAUGCGGCAAGGGAGAAUGCGGCAAGAGAGAAUGCGGCAGGAGAGAAUGCGGCAAGGGAGGACGCGGCAGAGGCGACGUCGGCGACGCCGGCACAAGCGGAGGCGGAACAGGCGGUGGCGGCAGAUGCGGCGGGGGCGGCAGCACAGGUGGCGGGGCAAGAGAUGGCGAAGGCGGCGCAGGAGAAGGCACAGGAGAAGGCGGCAGAGGCUGCACCGGGAGGAGAGGUGGCGCCAGGAGAGGCGGCGGCGGCACAGGAGACGGCGGCACAGGAGGCAGCGGCACAGGAGGCGGCGGCACAGGAGGCGGUGGCACAGGAGGCGGAGGCACAGGAGAAGGCAGCACAGGAGAAGGCGGCACAGGAGAAGGCGGCACAGGAGACGGCGGCACAGGAAACGGCGGCACAAGAGGCGGCGGCACAGGAGGCAGCAGCACAGGAGGCGGAGGCACAAGAGAAGGCGGCACAGGAGAAGGCGGCACAGGAGACGGCGGCACAGGAAACUGCGGCACAAGAGGCGGCGGCACAGGAGGCGGCGGCACAGGAGAAUGCGGCUCAGGAGGCGGCAGCACAGGAGAAGGCGGCAUGGGAGAAGGCGGCACGGGAGAAGGCAGCACGGGAGAAUGUGGCAUGGGAGAAGGCGGCACGGGAGAAUGCAGCACGGGAGAAGGCGGCAAGGGAGAAGGCGGCACGGGAGAAGGCGGCACGGGAGAAUGCGGCACGGGAGAAGGCAGCACGGGAGAAUGCGGCACGGGAGAAGGCGGCAUGGGAGAAUGCAGCACGGGAGAAGGCGGCAUGCGAGAAUGCGGCACGGGAGAAGGCGGCACGGGAGAAUGCGGCACGCACAGGAGGCGACGGCACAGGAGGCGACGGCACAGGAGGCGGCGGCAAAGGAGGCGGCGGCACAGGAGACGGCGGCACAAGGGACGGCGGCACAGGAGACGGCGGCACAGGAGACGGCGGCACAGGAGACGGCGGCACAGGAGAUGGCGGCACAGGAGACGGCGGCACAGGAGACGGCGGCACAGGAGACGGCGGCACAGGAGACGGCGGCACAGGACACGGCGGCACAGGAGACGGCGGCACAGGAGACGGCGGCACAGGACACGGCGGCACAGGAGACGGCGGCACAGGAGACGGCGGCACAGGAGGCGGCGGCACAGGAGAUGGCGGCACAAGAGACGGCGGCACAGGAGACGGCGGCACAGGUGACGGCGGCACAGGAAACGGCGGCACAAGAGACGGCGGCACAGGAGACGGCGGCACAGGAGACGGCGGUACAGGAGACGGCGAUACAGGCGAAGACUGGACUGGAGAAGUUGGCACUGGCGAGAGCGGGAUGGGAGAAGAGGAAACAGGAGGCGCAGGCGUCACGGGCGCAAGCGGGAUUGGCGAGGGAGGCACGGGCGAAAGCAGCACAUCUGAAGAUGGCACAGAAUUAUCAUAA